CAAGGUCUCUCUCUCUCUCUCUCUCUCUCUCAACUUUCGCUUAGUGUCUCACUGUAUUUAUCCACCUCUUGAAUCUCACCCAGUCUCUCUAUCUCUAGGGUUUCAGAUGCUAUCAGGUUUUGGAGUGAGAAAAGUGUAUCUUGUACAUAUAUGCAUGUACGUAUGGCGCUGAUUGGAUUACGCUAUUAGAUUCGGAUCCUCCACUUGCUUCAACCCGAACCGUUUCGUUUGAGCCCGGUAUACUCUAUCCGAUCCGAUCGGACUCUUUUCGGAGCUCAAACACGAAGAUUUCCAGCGACAAUUUUGCUAUCAAAUUCAAAAGAUUUGGCACCGAAAGCCAGACGGGUCUAUUUAGAUGAUAUGCAAAAUUUGCAUAAGGAGUGUGAUUUCUCAAGCUGGCCAUAUAGUAACGUUCACAAAAGCAAGGGUGCAUUUGAACAAUUUUGAGAGAGUUCGCAAGUGUGCCAAUCCGUGGAACCGAGCAUUUAGGACGAGUUUAAGGAUGAUGGUUGAUGCAGGUGAGAUGGAAAAACGGGGCUCCAUUCUUGAUGUGCUGCCAGACAAAAAUGAAGAUGGUGAAUAUACCAGCGGGGGUUUGAAAAGUGAAGGCGGAAAACUGAGUUGCGGCUAUUCAAGUUUCAGGGGAAAAAGAGCAACCAUGGAGGAUUUUUAUGACAUUAAAAUGUCCAAAAUCGAUGGGCAAACAGUCUGCCUGUUUGGAAUAUUCGAUGGUCAUGGUGGUUCUCGUGCAGCCGAAUAUUUGAAGGAGCAUCUAUUUGAGAAUCUCGUGAAGCAUCCACUAUUUAUUACAGACACGAAGUUAGCUAUUAGUGAAUCGUAUCAACAGACGGAUGCAGAUUUCUUGGCUUCUGAAAGAGAUACAUACCGUGAUGAUGGUUCUACUGCUUCAACAGCAGUCUUGGUUGGUAACCAUCUAUAUGUUGCCAACGUUGGAGAUUCACGUACAAUAAUAUCAAAGGCAGGAAGAGCAAUUCCUUUAUCUGAGGAUCACAAACCAAAUCGAAGUGAUGAGAGGAAGAGAAUUGAAAGUGCCGGGGGUGUUGUAAUGUGGGCAGGCACUUGGAGGGUAGGAGGUGUGCUGGCUAUGUCUCGGGCUUUUGGGAACCGCAUGUUGAAACAAUUUGUUGUCGCAGAACCUGAGAUCCAGGACCAAGAGGUGGAUGAAGAAUUUGAAUUUAUCGUGCUUGCUAGUGAUGGGUUAUGGGACGUGGUACCAAAUGAGGUUGCUGUUGAAGUGGCCCAAACAGAAGAACAACCUGAGGCAGCAGCUCGAAAGUUAACGGCGGUUGCAUUUUGCCGCGGUAGUGCAGACAAUAUAACAUGCAUUGUGGUGAAGUUCCACCACGACAAAGCAGAGCCGGCCAGUGAACACCGUGUUUAGAAACUUUAUAUUGCAUGUGUGGAUUUAUCAACAUUUUUUAAGUAAUCGAUUUUUAAACUUGCACAUGCAAGUGGCUGAGUGCUUUAUAGAAAUGAAAGCAAUUUGUUUAUUCA